AUGAAUUCAUUGUUCGCAACACCUGCCGUAGCCGCAGAUGCCGCCGCAGACGCAGCAAUCGGAAAUAUUCGGAAACAAAAGGAGCUGGAGAUGGAGUUGGUAGAAAUAGACAAACAAUGGCUGUGUGCUAGGAAACAAAUUAUAUACGAUAGACUCGAUAUUCUUAAAGAACUAGACAGGAUAGCCCGAGUGAAGGUUCAUAGAGACUAUUUCAAAGAUCAUCUUCGUAAAGCAAAUCUCCAUCAUUAUACGACUAAGGCUCGGUCGAGAAUGCGACAACAGCAGUAUACGAGGAGUCAUGACAAUUUUAGUUUUACCGUCGACCCUCUACGGAGGGGUGUGGUCCCUGAGCCAAUGAUUAUGGAGGGGAGCGAAAAAGAGGGCAGGGAAAUCAUUACUUCGACCAGUCAGGACAAAAAGCGAGCGAAACAUAUCCGAGGACUGUCUGAAUUGGAGGUGAAAAUAAGACGAUUUCGAAUCCCGAAAACCAAAAAGAAGAAGAAAGCCGAGGUUGUACUUCCACCAUUACCAGAUAAAAUCAAACGGUUAAAGAAGGUGAGGAUUGUGGAGUUUGAUGAGAUACCGGAAGAGGUGAACUCGUCUGAUGAAGAGGACGAGAACCGAGAGAGUCAGGCCACCUCCAUCUCCAUCACUCACCAUGGACACGAGACGGAUCAGGAAUCUUUUGAGCGAACCAGUCUAUUCACCAUUCCUGGCGAGAAAGUUCCGUUUGCCCGCGCUUUCAUUCCCUUACCGACGUUGCCGCUCACCCCGGAACCAUCUUUUGUUGAAGACGAAUCUAAUCUUCAACUCCCUCAAUCCCCAUCUCAGAUUACAGCCCGGCUUCUGUCACCCCUUCCAUUAUCUAGACCACACCGUCCCAAGUCACCCAGACCAAGAUCACCGAAUCCACCUCGUUCACCAAGAGCCAAAUCACCAAACCCUUCACGAUCCAGAGCAAAAUCACCGAACCCUCCAAGAUCACCGUCUGCCAAAUCACCAGAAAAUUUAACGUCUGCACAAAAUUCAGUGUGGAAAUUUCCAGAAGUUCAUCACAACGCUAACAAGAAUACUCAAAAAAAUUUCGAAUCCUACGAAGGAGUUCAGUUCGUUUUACCGCCAAUUUCCACCACUUCAGACGAGCCGACUUCAAUCUUGAAAAAGCCGAAAAAGAAAGGCGGGAAAAAGAAUAAAACCAAACGUCAAUUAGAUGUCGAAUCGUCUCACCCGAACCCUACAACUGCUGUGGAACUUGAAAACCAAAAAUCAAAACCGUAUGAACAAACGCACCCUGGCACUGUAGACAUAGUCGUAAGUGAACCACGAACUGAACAAGCCCCACCCCCUAAACCGGUAAAGACUGAGAGCUCUUUGCUCUUACCGGAAAUAGAUGAUUCGCCAUUAGUUGCUCAAAACCAAGAACUCAGACCACAAGUUCUCACUAAAAAACAUAAAGGAUUUUCUAAUUUGUCAAAAUCUCCAAAUACGACGAAACGAAAAAAUCGGAAACUGUCGACUGUGACUGAAGAAUAUUCAUAA